UGUAGGGUGUGUCCCUCAUGCCGUGGGUGCCACCAAGGGAACCCCUGGGAUCGAUGGGAUUCAGAGGGGCAAAAAUAAAGGAAAAGGAGUGCAUAGAGCAAACAAGAUGCUUGUGGUUUGAAUGGAUUAGGAGCUGCCUUGAGGUCUUCAUGUUUGGGUGAAAUACCUUUUUAGCAGCUUUGUAAUCAUUCAUUUCAUACUUGGGACCUCUAAGAAAUUCCAGCAAGAACCCGAGUGCAAUCUGAGUUUGAGAUGCAGGCUUUGUUCUCAAGAGAAGGCAGUUCUUUCCUUUUGGGAGCUAAUGAAAGGGAGAGGAAGAUCUUGCAUCUUUAGCAAAAUUUAAAUAUUGCUGAUAGUUUGAUUUCAGAAGCCUUUAAAAGGAACACAGAGAAUUGUUCAUAUAGUUCUAUUGUCAAAGGCAGAAAAUAAGUAGCCUCUGCACAAUCUUCUGACACAAGGGAGCAGCAGCUGGAUUUAGGUAAAGUAAAACUAUUUCAUCACUAUCAACUUCAUGCAGAAAUACAGGUGUAAACUUGAGCAGCUGUUUGCCCAGGCCAAGGGAGAAAGUACAGCUCAGCUGCUGCAAUUCACUGUGGGGGAGAUUGGUGGGGACAGUCCGGAAGAUAAAGCCACUGCUCUGAGAGGAGUCAAAUCUUGCAGGUGUCCUGAUCCUGGCUGGUGUAACCUGAAGUUUGUUCUAAGGUCAGUGAUGUUACAGACUGAGCCCAAUAGAAUUUUCUCUUAGUAGCAUUGAAAUAAGCUAUUUUUUUGCCAUAUCAAUAAAGCUCUGACGAAUGUGCUGGGAGUGAAACGCAGGCUGGGCAGUGCUUCCCAGCUGGAUCCCUGCCAGAGUACAGUUAACUCCUGGUGGUGCACCUGUAAUAUGAGACUCGGAAAAGUGAGAAACCCCAGCAGUGGAUUUGUGCCGAGGUCUGUGUUCAAGCCUCAGGUGUGACUGAACACGCCCGUGUCACAGGAGCCAAAGGCAGCUCGUUUAAUACCAAAGUCCAGCAAGGAAACCUCUUCCUCGGCAAAGAUGGAGCCCUUCCCGUGGAUAUCUUCUCUUUCUCCACGUUCUGGACGACACUGCACUCACAGCUCGCCACUUCAGUUCUAGGAAUCUGAAAUACAGGGAGUGUCUCUGGCAGCUAUUUUCUGUGGAAGAUUGAAAAUGGUGGAAGCCAGAAGUUGCCCUUCCUUCUACUCUUUCCUGAUUUCCAGGAAAGUGGUGGCAUCUCUUGUCUGUCUGGUGGUUGUUACUGCAGUUAUCUGGAUUACAGCUGGGAGUGGAAAAGUGCACUACCUUCCCUACUACCUUCCUUGCCCUGAAAUCUUCUCCAUAAAACUCCAAUAUACAGAAGAGAAGCUAAUCCAGCUUUUCCCCCAAUUAUUUUAUCAGCAGCCAAGAGUGCUGGCGCCAAAGCGCCAGGAUGUGCUGACAGUCACACCAUGGCUGGCCCCCAUCGUCUGGGAAGGAACCUUCAAUCCUGAGAUCCUGGACAGUGCCUACAGGCCACUGAACCUCAGCAUAGGGGUGACAGCCUUUGCCGUUGGAAAGUACACGAGGUUUGUGAGGCGCUUCGUGCAGUCGGCAGAGGAGCACUUCAUGAAAGGCUACCGGGUGAACUACUACAUCUUCACUGACAGCCCCGAGACAAUGCCCAGUGUCCAGCUGCAGCCUGGACGAAGGUUUGUCCUCGUCCCCAUCAAGAAAUACUCCAGCUGGCAGGAGAUCUCCAUGCGCAGGAUGGAGGCCAUAAACAAGCACAUAGCAGAGGUGAGCCACAGGGAGGUGGAGUAUCUCUUCUGCCUGGACAUCGACAUGGUGUUCCACAACCCCUGGGGGCCCGAGACCCUGGGGGACACAGUGGCAGCCAUACACCCUGGGUACUUCAGUGUCCCUCGGAACCAGUUCCCCUACGAGAGGAGGAGCUCCUCAGCAGCCUACAUCCCUGCUGGGCAGGGGGACUUCUACUACGGAGGAGCCGUGUUUGGAGGGCUGGUCAAGAAGGUCUUUGAGUUCACCAAGACUUGCCACAUGACCAUCCUGACGGACAAAGCCAACGGGAUCAUGGCAGUCUGGCAGGAAGAAAGUCACCUCAACAGGCACUUCCUCUCCCACAAACCCUCCAAGGUGCUUUCUCCGGAGUAUAUAUGGGAUGACAGGAAGCCAAAGCCCCCUGAAAUUCGCCUCAUACGUUUUUCCACGGUGGAUAAGAACUACAAAGAGAUAAGAGAUUGACCACCUGAUCCCUGCAGAGGUGUCCUCCCCACAGUCAAACCCAUGGAAAUGAACUCACACAGAACAUGCUCCACCAUGAGUUUUUGUUCCCAGUAUGGACAAACUGAGAAAGGAACGUGUGGACAGUUUCUCUGGAGAGAACAGGAGUCUAAAUGCAUUUCAGAAGCAGCAGCCAAAGUGUAGAUGAGACUGAAAAGGUUUCUAGGUUCCUAAUCUUUGUAAAUACAAGCAUCCUGCUUGAGGCUGCAGCACUCAAAAAGGCAUCCAAAAGGCCAGUUUUCCAAAGCAAGGAUGUAGAUGCCUUUGCCUGAGUGUUUUCCUGAGGCCCAGCAGAAACUUAACAAGGUCAAAAUGGUAUUUGACAUGCCUGUGGAGAAAAUCUAGAGUUUUGGUAAAGACUUUUUCACUUAAAAAGAAAAAGAAUUUUGCAGGGCAAUAAAUUUUCAUGCAUUGUGAUUUAAACUAAUUCCUUUUGUCAGAAUCAGGAGGAAACUUGCACUCGAAGCACGUUAUCCCUGACUUAUGUGCAGCAGGAUUUCUUGGACCUUCUCAGCAGAGAACUGGUGCCAGCCACUGCCAGUAAGAGCCUGGUCUGACAGGACAAAUAGUGUGAACUCACAUAGCAGUUAUCUUCCAAAUUCCAAUCUGUGCUUUGGAGACCCAAGUUUAGACAGAACUGGCACAGCUCAGACCCAGACUGAACUUCUUUGGGUUUAUUUCAAUCACAGAUGUGCUCUGAACCUUUUCCCUGGGUCACAUGUCUCUGUGGAUCAUGUAAUCUUUUCCAACGCAGAAAAUCUGGUUCUGAGAGACGUUCCUGUUCCCAUCCUUUGCUUCAGCCCUUUCCAACUCCUCUAAGCUCUGAGAAAUAAAUUGGCGAGAAGCCGCCGGAGCUGACAGCAGGAGCUGA